AUGAGCAGUCAUCUGCCCGGGAGUCUCAUGGAGAAGCUGCAGUGCUUCUUCGCUGACAUUCAGUUCCAUAAAUUCCCUGCUGGUGCCAACGAGAUACGACAAGAUGUCAAGCUUAAAAACAAGCUGCUAGCGAUCGGCAGGAAGGUUCAAUUGCUAAAAGAACAGCAAAAGUUCCUAUUCUCUGCCCGCCAUCUUGCUGGCUUCCUUGACCUCGCUGUCGAGUCUGCAAAUAUAGAGAGGAGGCAAGCCCUGGACCUUAUCCAGCUAUCCAGGGUCGGGUUAUCCAACAUGGACGGCAUAGUAGCACACGUUGCUAGAUUCGUUGGCAUCGCGGAUUCGUUCCAAAUGCUAAAGUUCUUCGUCAUACCUGUCAUAUCGUCCUGUUUUGUCCUGCAUCAGUACCCUCCUGGGAUGCAUGCGGCUGAGGCCCAUCAGCGGCUGAUGGAAAGCUUUCGUGGCCACUGGUCAAAGGUGCGUUCGCACGAGACCUGCUUUAGCUGUGUUUCACGCAGGCCCCAGUUUGGCCUUUCCUGCGGGCAUUGUGUUUGCGAGAACUGCAUAAGAGUGUUUGGGAACAAAAACGACUUGGAUCCAUGGGUCUACCAUGUCAAACAGUGUCUCUUGUGCGGGGCUGAUGUGGGAAAUAUGGCGAUUCGGGUGCGACCCGACAACGCUAGUGUGCGCGUUUUGAGCAUUGACGGAGGAGGCGUGAGGGGUGUCGCUCCGUUACGGUUCCUGCAGACACUGCAAGACCAGCUGCGGCUCCCCGACUACCCGGUCCAGCGACACUUCGACGUCAUCUACGGCACUAGCUCCGGAGCGAUCACGACGGCGGGCCUUGUCAUGAAUGGAUGGGGCAUUGAGGAAUGUCUUGCAACCUUCAAGCAGCUUUCUCAUACGGCAUUCCAGCCGCGAGCAAACCUGAAAAUCCCACUCGUCUCCGCUGUCCUGCAAUUCCUGAUAUCGAUUAUAUGUGACGGCCGAUACCCCCCCAAGAACCUAGAGUCUGUGCUUCAGAGGGUCUUUGGGGGGAAAGGCAUUUUGGAUAGCUCGGCCGGGGCCGAGAUGGGAAUUCUCGCAGGAAUCACCGUCACCAGCACCAAAGACACCAGCGCGUCUGUUUUUACCAACUACAACGCUGUCGGCAAUCGCAAGGAUCACUGCGACUACAGUGUGGUGACAACUGACUCCGCCGUCCGCCCGCUUUUGUGGGAAAUGGCGUUUUGGAAGCUCGGUGACUCUGACCGGGCUUGGAAACAGCUACUCAGUCGACAGACCAUCGAGAAGUCCAAGAGUGGCUUCUUUCGAUUUGAUGUAGAGUUUCCCGGUGCAGAACCCCCUUUGGAUGAUCUUUCGAAAAUGGAAGAGAUAGAUGAGGCAGCCCGAGAAACGAUGUUACAAUCGUCAGAGCUCGGCGAUCUGGUCUCGCGCAUCCGUGCCGAGCUCUUUGUCUUCACAAUACACGGAGACGUCAUCCCAUACCUAGCGAACAGCGGGUAUGAGUGCACGGGUAGUAUAUCUUGCCGGUUACGGGCCAACACGGCCGCUUUCAACGCGCUCAUGACACAGUUGAAUGAAGAAGCUGCUUUCCUACGAAUCAACAAUGUCACCCUACCAGGAAGUUUCUGGAAUGGCUCUUGCAGCGAUGCCAAUGGCCAGUUUUGUAAGCAAGUGAAGAUCCGGGUCUCCAGAUUGGAUGAGCCCUUCCAAAUUUGCUUGCACGAAGGUGCAGGGGGAGGAUGCCACAUAAGCGGCUCGCCAUUCACGAUUGAAAAAUUGGCUGAAAAUCAGAAGUUGGGUGCAAGAUUUGGAACAACCGACCACCGUAGAAGCGUGACAGAGGAUUCAAACGAGGGCCGUCGUAAACGCCAACGAAUUCAGCACACAGUGCAGUACUUCUAUUACGACAAGCGGCAGUACGAUCGUCAA